AUGACUUCCAAGCGCCAAAGAGCCGACCCAGAUGAAGGCCCCUCUAAGCGGCCGACGACCACUUCGAGGCUGACGACGUCCCAGAAAGAGCACGUCGACAACCUCAUCGGGAGUUACAGCAAUAGGGUCUUGAAAUACACCCGCGCUACCGACCGGAUUAGGGCCAAAGCAGAGCAGGUCAAAAUGGCUCGAAGAAGCUUCGACGAUGCUCAUGAUCAACACAAGUUGCAACUCAAAUACAUGCUGCAAAUCGCAAGCGAUCUGACCGAAUGUGAAGACGCCUACAACGCAGAAUAUGCCAAAAUAAUCAACCUAAUCGACGCAGAGAACAGUGACAUCCUCAAAGGAGCACUUCGAUCAACGCUAAAUAUGGUCCGUCUACCAUCGCCAGAGGGAGAGGCUCGCCCGCAGAGCACCAGACCAACUACCACGGCUGGGCUCGCCAACAUCCCAAGCGACCACGAGGCAGCGAUUUCUGCAAGUACUGCCACUUCAAUGGGAAUUUCCCAAGAAUUCGUCGCACAACUAAAUGGGGCCAUCGAAGAUGAAAUCUACAACGGACUCGACCUCGAAGACCUCUAUGCAUAA